AUGGAUUCAGGGAGGCAGGUGUUCACCGUGGAUCUUCUAGAAAGAUAUGCUGCCAAGGGGCGCGGAGUUAUCACCUGUAUGGCUGCCGGAAACGACGUCAUUUUAUUGGGAACCAGUAAAGGUUGGAUCAUUCGACACGAUUUUGGCCUCGGCGAUUCAUAUGAUAUUGAUCUCUCGGCGGGUCGUCCUGGGGAGCAAUCCAUCCAUAGAGUUUUUGUUGAUCCUGGAGGGAGCCACUGUAUUGCCACUGUUGUUGGUAGUGGGGGUGCUGAUACGUUCUAUACUCAUGCAAAAUGGACCAAGCCUCGUAUUUUAACCAAGCUCAAGGGUCUUGUUGUAAAUGCCGUCGCCUGGAACAGACAACAGAUAACAGAAGCUUCGACAAAGGAAGUCAUUCUCGGUACAGACAAUGGCCAACUUCAUGAAAUGGCUGUGGAUGAGAAGGAUAAGAAGGAGAAAUACGUGAAGUUUCUUUUUGAACUAUUAGAACUUCCAGAGGCCUUUAUGAGUUUGCAGAUGGAAACUGGGACCAUUCUCAAUGGAACUAGAUACUAUAUAAUGGCUGUAACUCCUACACGACUCUAUUCUUUUACUGGUAUUGGAUCGCUGGAAACCGUUUUUGCUAGUUACUUGGAUCAUGUGGUGCAUUUCAUGGAACUUCCUGGUGAAAUACCUAACAGUGAACUGCAUUUCUAUAUCAAGCAAAGGAGAGCGGUACAUUUUGCAUGGCUUUCUGGUGCUGGUAUCUAUCAUGGUGGUUUAAAUUUUGGGGCACAACAUAGUUCUCCUAAUGGAGAUGAAAAUUUUGUGGAGAACAAGGCUCUUUUGAACUAUUCAAGUUUGAGUGAGGGUGCUGAAUUGGUGAAACCCAGUUCUAUGACAGUUUCAGAAUUUCAUUUCUUGCUUCUUAUCGGGAAUAAGGUUAAGGUUGUAAACAGAAUAAGUGAGCAAAUUAUUGAGGAACUUCAGUUUGAUCAAACACCCGAGUCAGUUUCAAGGGGUGUCAUUGGAUUGUGCAGUGAUGCCACUGCUGGGUUGUUCUAUGCAUAUGAUCAAAACUCUGUAUUUCAGGUGUCUGUUAAUGAUGAAGGCCGAGACAUGUGGAAAGUCUACCUGGACAUGAAAGAGUAUGCUGCUGCUCUGGCAAAUUGUCGUGACCCACUUCAACGGGACCAAGUAUAUUUGGUGCAGGCUGAAGCUGCACUUGCCUCCAAGGAUUAUCUUAGAGCAGCAUCUUUCUAUGCAAAGAUUAAUUAUAUAUUAUCAUUCGAGGAGAUCACUCUGAAGUUCAUCACUGUAAAUGAACAGGAUGCUUUGAGGACCUUUCUAUUGCGGAAACUUGAUAGCCUUGCGAAGGAUGACAAAUGCCAAAUAACAAUGAUUUCAACAUGGGCAACUGAAUUGUACUUGGAUAAGAUAAAUCGGCUACUAUUGGAAGAUGACACUGCGUUAGAUAAUCGUAAUUCAGAGUAUCACUUGAUCAUGAAAGAAUUUCGUGCAUUUCUUAGUGACUGCAAGGAUGUAUUGGAUGAGGCAACUACCAUGAGACUUUUAGAAAGUUAUGGUCGAGUUGAAGAGUUGGUGUUUUUCGCUAGUCUGAAGGAACUGCAUGAAAUUGUAGUUCACCAUUAUAUUCAGCAAGGGGAGGCAAAGAAAGCAUUGGAGGUGCUUCAAAAACCUUCUGUCCCUAUAGAUCUUCAGUACAAGUUUGCCCCGGACCUCAUCAUGCUAGAUGCAUAUGAAGCUGUAGAGUCAUGGAUGGCAACAAACAACCUCAACCCAAGAAAACUCAUUCCUGCAAUGAUGCGUUAUUCAAGUGAACCACAUGCAAGAAAUGAAACACACGAAGUCAUCAAAUAUUUGGAAUACUGUGUUCAUCGUUUGCAUAACGAGGAUCCUGGAGUUCACAACUUGCUAUUAUCGCUAUAUGCCAAGCAGGAAGAUGACAGUGCACUUUUACGUUUCCUACAAUUCAAGUUUGGAAAAGGACGGGAAAAUGGCCCAGAGUUCUUCUAUGAUCCCAAGUAUGCUUUACGCCUUUGCCUCAAGGAAAAGCGAAUGCGUGCCUGUGUUCAUAUAUACAGUAUGAUGUCCAUGCAUGAAGAAGCAGUUGCUCUUGCCCUACAGGUUGAUCCUGAGCUUGCUAUGGCUGAAGCUGACAAGGUUGAAGACGAUGAGGACUUGAGAAAGAAGCUUUGGCUCAUGGUUGCGAAGCAUGUUAUAGAACAGGAAAAGGGAGCUAAAAGGGAGAACAUACGAAAGGCAAUAGCAUUUCUUAAAGAAACUGAUGGCCUUUUAAAGAUAGAGGAUAUAUUACCAUUCUUUCCAGAUUUUGCCCUGAUUGAUGACUUCAAGGAGGCAAUUUGCUCAUCAUUAGAGGAUUACAACAAUCAAAUCGAACUACUGAAGCAGGAGAUGAAUGAUGCGACACAUGGUGCAGAUAACAUUAGAAACGACAUUAGUGCACUGGCUCAGAGAUAUGCUGUGAUUGAUCGUGAUGAAGAAUGUGGGGUUUGUCAGCGUAAGAUUUUAACUGUGCGUAGGGAGUAUCAGUUGGCUAGGGGCUAUACAUCAGUAGGCCAAAUGGCCCCAUUUUAUGUCUUUCCAUGUGGACAUGCCUUCCAUGCGGAAUGCCUGAUUGCCCAUGUCACACGUAGUACAAAUGAAUCUCAAGCAGAGUAUAUACUGGAUCUGCAGAAGCAGCUUACUCUACUUGACGGGGAAGCUAGGAAGGAUGCAAAUGGUAGCCUAACUGAGGAAACGAUAACAAGCAUGGCGCCUGUAGAUAAGCUCCGAUCACAGUUGGAUGAUGCCGUCGCCAGCGAAUGCCCAUUUUGUGGGGACUUAAUGAUCCGUGAGAUCUCUCUGCCUUUCAUCCUGCCAGAGGAGCAACAGCAGAAUAAUUCAUGGGAGAUAAAUUCACGUAAUCUUGGAAACCAGAGGAGCCUGUCUUUAAGUUUAUGA